GCGCAGGGGAGCGCCCUGGGGGGCGCGGCGGGGGCGGCGCCGCCGGGGCCCGCACGGGUGGUCACCGCCGGCCUCCUGACCCUGCUCAUCAUCUGGACGUUGCUGGGCAACGUGCUGGUGUGUGCCGCCAUCGUGCGCAGCCGCCACCUGCGCGCCAAAAUGACCAACGUCUUUAUCGUGUCUCUGGCCGUGUCCGACCUCUUCGUGGCGCUGCUGGUCAUGCCCUGGAAGGCGGUUGCCGAGGUGGCCGGUUACUGGCCCUUCGGGGCGUUCUGCGACAUCUGGGUGGCCUUCGACAUCAUGUGCUCCACCGCCUCCAUCCUGAACCUGUGCGUCAUCAGCGUGGACCGCUACUGGGCCAUCUCCAGGCCCUUCCGCUACGAGCGCAAGAUGACCCAGCGCGUGGCCUUGGUCAUGGUCGGCCUGGCCUGGACCUUGUCUGUCCUCAUCUCCUUCAUUCCAGUCCAGCUCAACUGGCACAGGGACAAGGCGGGCUCCUGGGGUGGCGUGGACCUGGCAUCCAAUCUGGCCAACGGGACGCCCUGGGAGGAAGCCGGGGAACCUGAGGUGACGGUGACCUGUGACUCCAGCCUGAACCGAACGUACGCCAUCUCCUCCUCCCUCGUCAGCUUCUACAUCCCGGUGGCCGUCAUGCUCGUGACCUACACGCGCAUCUACCGCAUCGCCCGGCUGCAGAUCCGCAGGAUCUCUUCCCUGGAGCGGGCCGCGGAGCGCGCGCAGAGCUGCCGGGGCCGCGCUGCCUGUGAGCCGGCCACCAGCCUGCGACUUUCCAUCAGGAAGGAGACCAAGGUCCUCCAGACGCUGUCGGUGAUAGUGGGGGUCUUCGUGUGCUGCUGGCUGCCGUUCUUCAUCCUUAACUGCCUGGUCCCCUUCUGCAGCGGAUCCCCCUCGGGCCCUCGGGCCGGCUUCCCGUGCGUCAGCGAGACCACCUUCGACGUCUUCGUCUGGUUCGGCUGGGCCAACUCGUCCCUCAACCCCGUCAUCUACGCCUUCAAUGCCGACUUCCGGAAGGUGUUUGCACAGCUGCUGGGGUGCAGCCCCCUCUGCCCCCGGACCCCAGUGGAGACAGUGAACAUCAGCAAUGAGCUCGUCUCCUACCACCAAGACCCUGUCUUCCACGAGGAGACCGCAGCUGCCUACGUCCACACAAUCCCCAGCGCGGCGACCCCUGGGGGACAGCGGGUGGGCAAGGAGGGGGAGAGCCCUUUGGAUCCUACGUCGCGCAUCUCUCAGACGUCCCCUGAUGGUGACCCUGCUGCCGAGUCUGUCUGGGAGCUGGACUGCGAAGGAGAGAUUUCAUUGGGCAAAAUAACCCCUUUCACCCCAAAUGGGUUCCAUUAA